ACCAGGCUCAGGAUGUACUGAUCGAGUAUCUCCUCACCAAAGGACUCAUCCGACCAUCCACUUCGCCAUACGGUGCCCCAGUGCUCUUCACACCGAAACCGGACAGAAGCUUUGCGCAUGUGCAUCGACUACCGAGCUCUCAACAAGCAGACGAUCAAGAACAAAUAUUCGAUACCACGAAUCGAUGACAUGCUUGACCAGCUUCCGGGAGCUACAGUAUUUUCAAAACUAGAUCUGCGGUCCGGAUACUGGCAGAUAAGAAUGGCGGACGAUUCCGUUCACAAAACUGAUUUCCGAACUCGGUACGGAUCAUACGAGUAUUUGGUCAUGCCGUUCGGACUCACCAACGCACCUGCAACUUUCCAAGCAGAGAUGAAUCAUAUCCUACGCCCACUUUUGGACGAAUGCGUGGUGGUGUACCUGGAUGACAUCCUCAUCUACUCGCGCGACAUGCAACAACACGUCGAGCACCUACGACGCGUCUUCAAAAUUCUUCGACGAGAACGCUUCUACGUCAAACUAUCCAAGAGCGACUUCGCCCUCGAGAAGAUCCAAUUCCUCGGACAUAUCGUAAAGCGCUCAAGGAGUUCACGUCGACCCCAAGAAAAUCGAAGCCGUGCGUACGUGGAAGACACCAGAGAACGUGAAGGAGUUACAGCAGUUCCUUGGCUUUACCCCGAACGCGACUACGAGGCCCUUGCUAUCAUCAUCGCCUUCACAAAUUUAUUAUUACAUGGUAAGCCUAGACUUCAUCACCACACGAUCCUCGUCGUCAUCGACAGGUUCUCCAAAAUGGGACACUUCAUCCCGACACACACCACAGCACGCACCGAGGAGACAGCACAACACUUUGUUCGCUACAUCAUCUCACAACAUGGCAUUCCAACCACACUCAUCUCCGACCGCGACCCCAAGUUCACCAGAAAUUUCUGGAAAGAACUGAUGUCUCUGCUCGGGACCAACCUCGCCAUGUCAUCCGCAUACCAUCCGCAAACAGAUGGACAGACCGAGCGCCUCAACCAAAUUGUGGAGCAACUCCUCCGCGCAGCCUGCAACGACGACAUCUCCAAAUGGGACUUGCAUCUGCCCGUCCUGGAGUUUGCCUACAACAAUGCUACUCACGCCGCUACUGGACAAACGUCGUUCUUCCUCUGUUACGGAUGCCACCCACUCACACCUCAACAGCCAACCAUACCAGCCACAGUCCAACCCGCUCAUGAUUUCAUCACGACCAUGCACAAACUUUGGGAUCGGACCCACAAGCGCCUUCUCGACAUUCAGCACCAACAGAAGCGCCAAGCCGAUCGCCACCACACAGACCACACCAUCACCGUGGGAGACCAAGUACUACUCGAUACACGCAACCUUAACAUCAGCCAUCUCCCAACCAAACUGCGACCUCGCUUCUGCGGGCCUUUUCUCGUUGAAGCACAGGUCACUCCUGUUACCUUCCACUUACGCCUGCCAGCUACCUGGAAGAUUCACAAUGCCUUCCAUGUUCAACUCUUGAAGCCCUACCAAGAUCCCAACACGGUCUUCUGUGGACGCCAACCGCCGCCGCCGCCGCCCGUCCUCGUCCAUGAUGAACCCGAUUAUGAGGUCGAGUCCGUGCUUGCUCACCGCCGUUGACGGAAUAGCACCGUGGAGUUCUCAU